GAGGAGCUGAUAGAAGCUGGAGGAGGUGAUGAGUUAAGAGGAGUUGAGGAGGUGGUUGGAAGUGAUUGGAGUUAAUAGGAGAUGCCUCCGCCCAUCGCGCGCUCCGCUGCUGCUCUUUGCCCUGGAGCGCCUUUACGCACCGCGAUGGAGAAGUAAAGGCACUAACAGCAUCAUGCGCGCUGCUGCUGGAAGAAAAGGAAAAGCUCUUUUACAUGUUUUCAUACCCGAACCAGGAUAUGACCCACUCCUGGCCUUCCCAGCAGCCCCCAGGGGGAGGGGGCACUGAGAGGUUCCUGUAUUCAGAUUCCAAGGAGGGGAAACGACACAGCUCUCAGCACAAACAUGUGAGGGAUGAUGCCUCUAUGAGGAUGCCACGUGUGGCCCCUCACAAAUCCAUGCUCGCUGAUGACCUGAAGCUCAGCAGUGAUGAAGACGAUGGCGACAAGGGGCAUCAGCUGGCAUCCUGGGCUGAUCAUCACAACCUGUCGGGGCAGCGCACACACACACAUGGCGGGAGGGCGAGACAUUCCAGCUCGGGCUCCUCAGGAUCUGAUUCCUCUAGCGAGUCAGAGAGCAGUAGCCAGCGGUCGCUCAGCCCGAGUCCACGGACGCACUCCCAGCCUGGGGCAGCCAGCCAGGCACAGCCCAGCUUCUGCAGCAAAGAGCCUCUCCACUACCAGGACCCAUCCUUCACGCACUGGCAGCUGGACAAGUGGCUUGUUCGUAGGAACCAACAAUCAGUGGAUCAUGACCCAGGAGGAGGUCAGAACUCUAGUGUGACUUUUGACUCUGGCCGAGGACCAUCUCCGGGACGAUACUGGGAGAGAGAUUCCAGCCUUGUGACGAGACGGGACCACAGCCCAAGCCACAGCCCUGUUCCUAGCCCUAGGUUUGACUACAGCCCCAGGCAUAGUCCUCCGUCUAGUCCUGCAUAUAGCCCUUAUCCAAGCCCAGGAAUUAGCCCUGUGCCAAGCCCAGUGCCAAGUGUUUGCCCCAGCCCAGGUGCCAGCCUAAGAGUAAGCCGAACCCCAAGUCCUUUACCCCUCCAUCCACCCAAAAGCCCUAGCCCUAGCCUUGUCCCUGCUUCUGCUUCUCCAAGACUCACUUCUUAUCCUCAGGUUUCUGCUCACCACCAGGAAAGCCCCAGGCGUCCUACACAACCAAAGCUUACCUCCAGUCCUGUGCGUCAGCCUAAAGUAAGGCCAUGGGUGCCUCCAAACCAAAACACUGAACGUAUUAAUGACUCUCGACUCAAAGACUCUAGACCACCUGGCCUCUCGCAACAUCAUUCUAAACACAAAGAGACUCCACGCAGGCCCAAAGCCCAGAGCGUUGACUCAAGGUCCAAAUCCAGGUCCAGUCCCACUGGAUCAAGUCCUCACCAUCAGUCUCAGUCCAGAUCCAAACCAAACCUCAGCCCUAAAGCAAAACCCAGGCAUUUGUCUUUCACUAACCCCAGCACUGAGGGAAACCACAGGCCAGGUGAUCCUAGGAGCAAAUUUAACCAGAGUUUAAACUCCAAACCAAAGCACAGCCCCACGUCCAAAUCCAAGCACUUAGCCCCCACUGAAUCAAGCAGUGGCUCCUUCCACAGUUCUGGCUCUAGACCUCCACCUCAGCCUGACCCACAGACUUCAUCUAGGCCAAUUUCAAAGCCUAGCUCUAGACUCAGCCCCAGCUCGAAACCCAAAGCAAAAUCCAGGGAGGUACCCAGCAACAGGCCGUCUGAGCAGAAGCCUAGAGAAAGAGAGCAGGAGGGUCAUAGCCGUAGGAAGGCACAGGGAGGACCCCUGGUCCAGGCUGCAGAAGCUCAGAAACAGGGGAGGCUGGCGGAGGAGCAGCUGAUCAGGCGCCGCUGGGUCCGCAGCUCUGAAGAAGAGGACGAGGAAGAGGAGAGAAGAAGGAGGAGAGAGGGAGAAGAGAGGGAGAGGAAGAGGAGGAGGAGGAAGGAGCCAAACACUGAAUGGCAGGCAGUACAGCCCAAGCAGAGACCCCACACCAACAGCCAGCAUCAUACACGAAGCGAACGCAGCGGACCAGAGCGUGAGGAGCAGAGGAGGAAAAAGAAAAGGAGGAGCAGUGAGGAAUCCUCCCACGCUGGAGUGAUAGACUCCAACCCUUCUCCUCCACUCUCUCCACCCUCUCCCACUCCUGUCGUCUGUCCCAUAAGGCCAUCUCCUUCCUCUUCAUCCUCUUCUUCCUCCUCUUCUUCUUCUUCAUCAUCUUCUUCAGAAUCGGACUCGGAGCCCAGUCGGCCCCUGAACGUUGCCAAAGUCCCCGCAGACUCUACAUCCAGCCAGCGGCCAGCAGAAAAGCAGAGACAACAUGGGAGACCCACAGAGCCGAGGUCUGGAGUAACACAACCCUCCAGGUCAGAUGUAACAUCUCCAGACGAAGGGCAACAGCGUCGAGGUAAACACAAACUCUACACCCUGGUGCCUUUUGGCCGCACCGAGAAGUCUACUGCUGUCUCCCACCGAGGACUGAGGAACCUGGUGGUGAAGAUAGACCUCUCUCUUCUAGCCAGAGUUCCAAGUGCAAGCGAGGUCUCACAGAGACGGUCUUCAUCUUCAUCCUCUUCUUCACUGUCAGCUAAAACUAAAGAAAAGCCUUCCAUGAAACAUCAGUACCACCAAGAGCAAGAGCCUGGAGACGCAAGGAGUAAACGGAAGGCUGAGAAUGGAGAGACUCAAAGAGAGAGCAAGAGAAGCCAUUUUCACACAGAAAAGCUCCCACCUCCCUCACACUCAGCCAGCAGUGACAAUAAAGAAAGCCACUCCAGCAACAAACAGAAUGAACAUCAUGAGGACUAUUUUUACACCAAGAGACCACUGUCGCCACUCUCUCCUCCAUCUGCCGUGAAGAUGCAUCAUUCAGACCAGCAGCACCCACACCCACAGAAAGACAGAGACUCUGCAGUGAAAAAAACACAGAUACAGAGAACUCAACCUAAGAUAGAGGCAGAGUGUGCUGGAGCAUCAGGAAACACUAAGCCUCCCUCUGGGUCCUGGGUUCCAUCUACCAAACAGCCAGCAUACUACAGAGGAACCGUGCCUUACACUGAUGUUUCACACCAUGCUGAAUACUACAUGCACGAGGCGAAAAGACUGAAACAUCGAGCAGAUGCUAUGGUGGAUAAACUAGGGAAAGCUGUGAAUUAUGUGGAUGCUGCUCUGUCCUUUAUGGAGUGUGGCAAAGCCAUGGAGGAAGGACCUCUGGAGGCCAAGUCCCCUUAUGCCAUGUAUGCAGAAACUGUGGAGCUGAUAAGAUACGCCAUGAGGCUAAAGAGUCACACAGGUUCUGGAGCCAGGCAGGAGGACCAGCAGCUUGCUGUGCUUUGUUUCCGUUGUCUUGCUCUUCUGUAUUGGCAAAUGUUCAGACUGAAAAAAGACAACGCUCUGAAAUACUCCAAAGCCCUGCAGGACUACUUCAAGAGUUCCCCAAAAGUGCCUCACACAGCGCCUUCCUGGAACAAUACCACAAAGGGAAAUGUACCUCCUACUUGCAUAUCCCCUGUUGGUUUCAUAGGGUCCCACCUUGGCGGCUCUCCCACCUCCCUUUUUAUUAAUAUUCCCAAUCGCAUCCACCAGAUGGCAGCAAACCACCUCAAUAUCACCAACAGUGUGCUGUACAGUUAUGAGUACUGGGAGUUGGCUGACUCCUUGGCCAGGGAAAACAAAGAGUUCUUUAACUACUUGAACACACUGACUGGACCAUUGACUCUACACAGCAGUAUGGCCCAUAUAGUCCAGUACACCAGACAGGGACUGCAGUGGAUACGGAUCAGUGCCAAUUUGUCUUAAGUUUCACGCUCAGCCACUGCCUUGACAUGGUGUUUCAGGAUUCUACUGUACUACAUGCUGUAACCUGGACAUUGCCCUACAAUCAGAUUUACCAGCCAACGGGAACUCAAAAGUCAUUCAGUUUUCUAUGCAUCUGGUUUUAGCAUUUACGCUGUCCUCCACCUGGACAAAAGUCACAUGUGCACAGUAUGAUAGAAUAGUGUUUCAUACCUCCGGGUCUAGAGGCCCACAAGCAAUGCACAGCUUCAUGUUGUAUCUGCUCUGAUUCAGCUCAAGAAGGACUUUCUGAAUCAGACUCGGAUGCAGAGAAAACAUAAAACUGUAGAGCAGGUGGACUAAAGGAAUGGAGCUAGGAAACACUAUGCCAGAAGACUUCAGAGGCUAUAGUGGAUUUGGUAAAAGAGCUGCUGUUCUUGCUAACCUUUCCUUGUCACACUUAAGAGGCAUUAGGGAACCUUUUCAUGUGUACAAGCUCUUUCACAUAAUCCAUAGUUCAACCCAUUCAACCCAUAGUUAAAGCAGAAGGCUGUGGAGACUUGUUCUCUGUAUUUAAGCAGUAAGACAGUAAGGAUGUCUAUAAUGAUUUCACACUGUUUUACUUCUGUACACAAGUUAUUUUGCCAAACGUGCCACAUUUGUUUUAUAAAAGAUGAUUCAUUCUUCCUUUUUUAUACUUCAUAUCAUUCACAUACCAUAGUGAAGUGUUUUAUUCCAGUAGCUCGCCAACAAAUGACACAAAUGUGAUCAGGACACUCUUUUAAGUUUUCAUAUUUUUGUAACUUUUUAUCAGUGCAUUUAUAAUGUCUUUUAAAUGCACUGUA